AUGCCACCCGCAGAGAAGAGCCAGGGGCCCCAGGCCCCGGCGCCCGCAGGUCGUUUUCAGGGCCGGUUACCGGGCCUGCCGCCCGGUCUGCCGUCGCCCGCGCUGUGCUGCGCCUGCGGUCUGUGCGUGCUGCUGGCGGGCGUGAACGUGACGCUGGUGGGCGCCUUCGCCUCCUUCCUGCCCGGGCACAACGCGCCGCUGGUCGUGGGGCCGGCGCUGCUCGCGCUGGCGCUCGGCUUCUUCGCCGCCUGUUGCGUGUGUAGCCGCUGGGGCCCCACGUCGCGCUCGGCGGCGGCGGCCGGCCCGGGCCAGGGCGGCCGCGCCGGGCCGGUGGCGCUGGAGAUGGAGAGCAGCGAGCGCACGGCGCAGGACACGACGGCCGUGCAGCUCAGCCCCGCCGCCUCGGCCGCGUCCUCGGGCCGCUCCAGCCCCGGCCCCGGCGCCUUCGCCCUGGACGCGGUCUGCUCGCUGCGCACCGAAGGGCUGCCGCUCAACCUGCCCCGGGAGCGGGCCGCCCCCUAG